UCGGAGGCAGGAGCGGAGCCUGUCUGCGCCUCAGGUGAGCUGUGUUGUACCAGAUGUCAAGUUUUAAUGAUUUUAUGUAGUUCUUUUAAAAGACGAGUGGAUUAAUGAAGAAGAAUUUUACUGAAGGCAGGGGAGGAAAAAAUGGAGCCAUUUGGAACAAACUGAGAUCUUCCCCGGCAUUGCUUGGGCCAUGGAUGAGACAGACCUGUUCAGCACUGUGUCCACCAUCGGUUGUCUUCUGGGGCUGUGAAAGCACUCCCUGAAAGAUCUCUCCAUUAACUGACCCUGCGCUGUUUGGAAAUGUUUGCUGCAGAAAAGAUUUAAUGAAAUUCCUGUCGGUUCCCCACCACCGAGUGGACGCUGAGCCUGUGGAAAGGCUUGGGGGGUCAGGAGAAAGGAGCAAGUAGGAAGAGGACAAAACCACACAAUCUGCUGGACCUUCCCCUCCCACCCCCCUCGCAAAGAAAGGAUUUACAGCUCAACCUUGCACCAGCUGUUCCUCGGCUUUAACAGUCAAGAGAGAAAUAAAUAAAAUUAAACAGCCACCGCCAGCCAGCCCCAGAUCCCGGUGAAAUCAGGGAGAGUGUUUCUGUGACCCCCAGUGAGGAGGAGGAGGAGGAGGAGGCGGCACAGCAGUGCUGGGAGGAAGCUGGGCAGAUUGCUUGUGAGACACUCCCCCCCCGCAGUGGCUGGAGGGGGCUGCAGCACAUCAGAAGGCAGAUUAAAAAAGGAGAAGUGGCUGCCUUGAGGCUCCCGGAGUGGCUCUUUUUGCAAGAAGUUUACUGAUAUCUCACUCUUUCCCAGGGUGCUCGCUGGGUGGGAAGGUGCCCACCCAGCUCCUCCCCUCACCCCAGCUGGAGGGUUUCCCUGCCCGUGGAGCCCGGUGCCAGCCACGAGGACCUGCUUUUUGCAGGCUGUUGUCGCCUGACUGAGGGAAGCUCAUAAGGGCUCUCGGUUAUUUUAAGUCCAAAUCCAGUUCUUGGUUCUGAUUUUUUAAUGUUUUUAAACCCCCUUCCCUGCACCCACGAGCUCUCACAGGGCAGAGCGUAGCGUGGACUCCUCUCCUGGGCCACCAAAGACCUCUGUGGACUUCUCUGGACUGUCUGCCCUGCUCGGAGUGCGGAGGCCGGGUAGUGGUUUGCCCCCGUCCCCCUCCCCUGCCCUUCUCGCCUGGCUCCGACCCCGCUGGGCCUGGGCUAUGCUGCGGGGCGGACCACCCACCACAGCUCCAACAUGCCAGCAGCAUCUGGAAAGAGGUUCAAACCCAGCAAGUACGUCCCGGUCUCAGCUGCUGCCAUCUUCCUAGUGGGAGCCACCACCCUCUUCUUUGCCUUCACGUGCCCGGGGCUCAGCCUCUACGUCUCCCCAGUCAUUCCCAUCUACAAUGCCGUCGUCUUCCUCUUUGUGCUGGCCAACUUCAGCAUGGCCACCUUCAUGGACCCCGGCAUAUUCCCACGAGCUGAGGAGGACGAGGACAAGGAGGACGACUUCCGAGCCCCGCUCUACAAGACGGUGGAGAUCAAGGGCAUCCAGGUGCGCAUGAAGUGGUGCGCAACCUGCCGCUUCUACCGGCCACCACGCUGCUCCCACUGCAGCGUCUGCGACAACUGCGUGGAGGAGUUUGACCAUCACUGUCCCUGGGUCAACAACUGCAUCGGGCGGCGCAACUACCGUUACUUCUUCCUCUUCUUGCUGUCCCUCACCACGCACAUCAUGGGGGUGUUCGGCUUCGGCCUGCUCUACGUCCUCUACCAGGUGGAGGAGCUCUCCGGCGUCCGCAUGGCCGUCACCAUGGUGGUGAUGUGCGUGGCCGGCUUGUUCUUCAUUCCUGUUGCUGGCCUUACGGGGUUCCACGUGGUGCUCGUGGCGAGGGGCCGCACUACCAAUGAACAGGUGACGGGCAAGUUCCGUGGUGGUGUCAACCCCUUCACCAACGGUUGCUGUAAGAACGUCAGCCGGGUCCUCUGCAGCUCCCCGGCCCCCAGGUACCUCGGGCGCCCCAGGGCCGAGCAGACGGUGCUGGUGAGACCCCCCUUCUUGCGGCCUGAGGUAUCAGACGGUCAGAUCACUGUCAAGAUCAUGGACAACGGUAUCCAGACAGAGCUGAAGAGGACGAAGUCCAAAGGAAGCCUGGAGGUGACGGAGAGCCAGUCUGCUGACGCCGAGCCGCCACCCCCACCUAAGCCAGACCUCAGCCGCUACACGGGCCUGAGGACACACUUAACCCUGGCCACCAACGAGGACAGCAGCUUGCUAGGCAAGGACAGCCCCCCGACCCCCACCAUGUACAAGUACCGGCCCGGCUACAGCAGCAGCAGCAGCUCAGCAGCCCUGCCCCACUCCACCAGCGCCAAGCUGAGCCGAGUGAACAGCCUGAAGGAGCCCAACUCCAUCUGCGAGAGCAGCCGCAAGCCCAGCUACCGCUCGGAGCCCAGCCUGGAGCCCGAGAGCUUCCGCUCGCCCACCUUCGGCAAGAGCUUUCACUUCGACCCGCUCUCCAGCGGCUCCCGCUCCUCCAGCCUCAAGUCGGCCCAGGGCACGGGCUUUGAGAUGGGCCACCUGCAGUCCAUCCGCUCGGAGGGCACCACCUCCACCUCCUACAAGAGCCUGGUGAACCAGACGCGCAACGGCAGCCUGUCGUACGACAGCCUGCUGACCCCCUCCGACAGCCCCGACUUCGAGUCGGUGCAGGCGGGCCCGGAGCCCGACACCCCGGUGGGCUACACCUCGCCCUUCCUCUCGGCCCGCAUCGCCCAGCAGAGAGAGACCGACCUGCAUGGCCGCUUCGUCGCCGCCAUCUCCCCCAAGCACGCGCCGCCCCGCGAGCCCUCGCCCGUGCGCUACGACAAUCUCUCCCGACACAUUGUGGCCUCCAUCCAGGAGCGGGAGAAGCUGCUGCAGCAGCCGCCGCUGGCCCCGGGCCGGGAGGAGGACGGGGGGAUGGCGGACUCGGGCAUCCAGUCGACGCCGGGCUCCAGCAACGCCCCCCGCACCAGCUCCUCCUCGGACGAUUCGAAGCGCUCGCCCCUGGGCAAGAACCCGCUCACCCGCCCGGCCCCCCCACGCUUCGGCAAGCCCGAGCCCCCUCCCACGCUGCGGGUGCGCUCCCUGGGCUCCCCCGACCAGUCCGCAGCCCCCCACCUGGGCAAAUCCCUCUCCUACAGCAGCCAAAAACCAGCCCCUCAGCCUGGCGGCCCUGAGACUGAGGAGGUGGCCUUGCAGCCAUUACUGGCACCAAAGUAAGUACCGGCGAUGGCCACCCUGGGCACGGGGCCACAGCCCUACGGAAGGGGGGCCGCAGGGCAAUCCCCAGCCCCACAGAGUGGGGGCACCUCCCUGGGACGCCCCGCAGGGAUCCUGCCACCCCUUCUCCAUGGCACCAGCCCCCACCGGCAGCAAAACAUGUAGCCUGGAGGAGGGCGAGG